UCGUUGCGCAAGAUAUGAAAGAUUGUCCAAAUAUAAAGAUAUAACGAAAAGAUGGAUUUUAUGAUAAGGGCUCUAGAUUUAGCUAGAGAGGCUCUAGCCGCUCAAGAAGUACCUGUUGGUUGUGUGUUUACCUUUGAAGAAAAAGUUGUAGCAGAAUCGAGAAACACUGUUAACGAAUCUCGUAACCCUACGAGACAUGCAGAAAUCAACUGUAUUGAUAUCGUCAUAGAUUACUGUAAAACAAACAGUUUAAAUUAUAUAGAUUUCUUUAAAGGUAUUGUUGUUUAUGUUACUGUUGAGCCAUGUAUUAUGUGUGCAUCAGCUUUAAGGGAUCUAAACAUUAAAGAAGUUGUGUAUGGCUGUGCUAAUGAUCGGUUUGGGGGAAACACGGUUGUUAAUUUAUGUGAUUAUUAUCAAGGUGUUUUAGAUUUUAGAGGUAAUGUGAUGGCCACUGAGGCAAUGGCAAUGUUGAAAACUUUUUAUAAAGGGACUAACCCUAAUGCUCCAGAAACUAAAGUAAAAAGAAAGUGUUAAUGAGAACCUUCUCAUGUCAAUGCUGUUUUAAACUGGUAUACAAGCUGACUGAGGGUUAAAACUUUAAAAGUUGU